UAUCAAUUUUAUUAAAAAUGUGCUCUUUCAUUUUUGAACGAUAGUAAUAGGUAUUAAUACUUGUUUACAUACAUGUAUUAUAUUAAUUAUUUGAAGUCCUUUGGAAGUACGUACCUACUAACAUACUGCCACCAUGGAAGGAUUUGUGCAAAAAAUCCACAAUACACCCAUCAUUCGGCCAAUAAUCGGUGAGUUAUAAUAUUAUUAUGCCAUUUGAAAUAUGAAUUCUGGAAACAUCUAGUCUAAGCUGGUUUUUUAUUUCUCUGUCGAAAUUGUGUUUUUGACCAAGAAAAAAUGUACAAUAGAAAACCAACUUUAAUUUAAAUAAAACUUAGUUUAUUUUUCGGUGUUCAAUAACUAAACCAAUAGACUUAAUUUGAACAGGAUACUAUUAUUAGUAUCAAAACAAUAACUGGAAAAUAAUUUCGGGGAUGGUGGGGUUGCUGGGUGGAGUCAUGAAUCAAAAAUGUUAAGGCGUUUUAAUUUUAUUGACUGAAAUUACUAUUUUCCUACAUAGUAAUAUACACAAACAAUUUUUAGGGGAGUGUUAGUAUCUCUAAAACCCCUUUUCAGACAUGACUUUGAUUCAGAUGAUUGUCACUUGAACAUUGCAUCUAGUGGUACUUUUGCUUAUCUCUGCAAAUUGAAAACAUUUAUUGGUUAGUUAUGAAAAUCUAUGUUGGGUAGGUAAUAGGAAAAUUAUAAAAUUAAAAAGGUCAUCUCCCAAUAUGCAACCUACCAAAAAUAUGUGAAGCCUACCAAUGAACGUGGUCUACAGUUAUAAUUAUAGUUUAGUUAGCGGUCUACCUACAUUUUAUACAAAAAUAUAAAAAGUUGAUUUUUAAAUAAAAAAAUAAAAAUUUAUUUCAUUUUAUUUUAUGAAUAACAAACAUGUAUCUAUGAGUUUUAUAUCAAAAAUAAGCUGUUCUAGAUUAUCCACAAAACAUAAUUUAAUAUUUCUUGAGGAUGAAUCAAAAAUAUUACCACUUUUAUGUUAAAAUUGCUAGUCUGAGAGACCUCCAAAACUUUCAAUUCUUUGUGUAUUAGCCUCAGUUUCUAGGUCCAUACAAUUAUUGGAAUGAUUUACUGUGUCAUAUACAUAACCCUUUUCAAAUAUGCUGAUGUAUUUAAGCCAGGAAUUAGAAUGAAUAGGUAACAAUUUAUUCUACUCUGUAAUAUUUAAAAUCAAACCAAAUCAUAAGUACAAUUGUUGAAUAAAUAGUACACGUUUUUCCAUGCCUCAUUUUUAAUUAUAUUUUGAUGUAAUAUUUUUUUGUCUCUUUUCUCGACAAUAAAAAAAAAAAUCUAACAUUCUUUGUAGCUUUUUCCAAAAACAACCUAAUCCAACUACCCACGGUCCACCAAUUCUUUGACCAUAAUUACAGUUGUUGUCUUGUUCAUCAUCUUGUCUAGGUAUAAAUACAGAUUUUAAUUGGGUAAGCGGAACGCUGCCUUUAUUAUAUUUCUAUGCACCAAUCAUCAAUUUAGACAAUCUUACUAAGAUUUCCAAGAGGUUGCAUUUCGUUAAAUAGAUGCUCAGGGAUGUCUACAGAGAUUCAUUCAGCCACAAACAGUAUUUUUGGUCUCUUGUAAAUUUUCUAUUUUAACAAGUUAAUUUUCUGCAAUCCAUAAGAACACAAUAUCUAUGAUUUUGCUGAAACUCAUUUUUUUUUUCGGUCAUUUGUUUCCAAUUAGGUAUAAAAUUAAUUUUCUUUAACAAUGGUGUAGUUUCAUAGCUUUUUUGACACCUGAAUACUUCUCAUACCUUUUUAUCGGUCAUUUGUUUGAUACAGUUUUACUUUACUACCAUAUUUAUGACAUUAUGUUGCACAAGGUAGCAAGCCAUAAUCCUGCAAGUAUAUAACUGUGGAUUUUAGAAAUGAAAAAUACUAUGAAAUUCUUUUACUAACAUUUUAAAACGUUAACUAUGAAUUAUAAUUUACUAUACUAUUCAGUUCUAUACCUUACAAACAAUACUAAACUAGUUUUUAUGCCAGAUGUUAGAUUACCUAAUAGUUUUAUUUUAUUUAUUUAUUGGGAAAUACAAAAAUAAAAUAUGCAAAUUGGUUUAAAAUAAUAGGAUAAUACUAAUGAUGUGGGUAUUAUAUUUAUAGUAGAACACAAAAUAUUAUUAGACUGCAUAUUGUACUCAUAUGUAUAGUUAGGUAGUGCAUAAAACAGUAUUAGACUACAUAUUGAGAGAUAACCAUAAUCAAAAGUAUAUAUUGUUAGUCGUUUUGAACUCAUGCAUGCUGAAAAUAGGUUGUUUGUAAUUAUUUCUUAUUACUUGUAUAAGUAUAUGAUAAAAUUAAAAUUGAAUGUUAAGCAGAAAAUAUGGUAUAAUCUUUAUUGGAAAAAGUAUGUUUCAUUAAUAUUGUAGGUAGGAAUGUAACUAAUAUUUUAAUUCAAUUUUAUAAAAAUAUAAUUUUAAUGGUUACAUAAAAAACAAAAUUUGUCUACUAUUCAUCGAAAAGACCAUAUUUUUAAAAUAAUCCACAUAUUAAUUGUUGUUUAUUUUAAAAAAAAAAUCAAGAAGAUAAAUUAAUGAAAAUUAAAAAUAAAAUAAUUUUAAUAUUAACAAGGUUAUGUUUUUUUUUCAGCUAUUACUGAAGUGGGUCAUUUGAAUUCAUCAACAACAUUGGAUUGUGGGAUGGCUAUUGAUGACACUUCUAGAAGGCCUAUAUUAAAAAUAUUUAGCCAUCAUGGAGGUACAGUUGAAGAGGAAGAUACUAGUAAAAAAGAUAUUGGAAAAAAAUAUUUAAUUUUGAGAAAUAAAAAAACACAAAAGGUUGUUACCAUUUGCUAUUUGUAUGAUUAAUUUAAUUACAAUUUUUUUAUUACUACUGAUUAUUUAUUUAAAGAAAUCAAACUAAUAAUAUAUGUACACUUAUACAUGGUGACAUACCACCUUAUUCAUUCCAUUUUUCUCGUUAAAUUUUGCAUAUAUUUAAAUUCUGAUUUUUGAAUACCUAAAUGUUUUAUAAUAUUCAAGGAGUAUUCUGUGACAAUACCAACUUUGGUUUUUCAAAUGAGAACUUAUAUUAAAAAUUCCAUAAAUAGAUGAAUAUUACUUUAAUUAAAUUUUGGUGUCAACAUUUUUUUUUGGUCAACCCAUUAACGAAAUAUUCUACUUUUAGGUAUAAUUAAUGGGAUAGUAGUGUAGUAUCAUUUGUGUGUUUGGGAAUUUUAUUAGUAAUCCAAUACUCUUCUCCUAUCUAAAAUUAAAAGUAGAAUAUCUUGUUAAAGGGUCGACAGAAAUCAAAAAUGUUGACACCAAAAAUUUUUUUAAGUAAUACUCCAUCUAUUUAUGGAAUUUUUAAUAUAGGUUCUUAUUUGAAAAACCAAAAUUUGAAUUGAAUAAAUGCAAAAUGUAAUCAAAAAAAAAUGGGGUGAGUAGGGUUAAUGAAUCAUCCUGUAUAAAGGAUGUAAGAACUUUGGUUUUGUGUGGAAUAGUUGAAGAUAGUGGUAAUUGACUAGAAGUGGCUUAAGCAGUGGAGUUAGCUAUGUCUUUUCCAUCCAUAGUUAGUAAUGGAGGAUUAGCUUUCACAUUAUAGUUAUUUGAAUUAGGACUAAUAGUAUCAUGUAAAAAGUUACUUUUUUCAUAUUUCUGGGGUUGACUUUUAAUUUAUUUUUGAUAAUAUUAGUUUUCUUUUAAUAAAUAACUUAAAUUGUUAUAUUUUGUUUAAUGUAAGAACAUUUUAUUAUUAGACAUUUUAGUGAAAUAUUACAUAUUUCUAGUUUUAAAAGAAUUUAAUAAACCAGUCAGUAUCCAAGGAAAUUCCCUUUAUUUGAUGAAUUAUAAUUAUUUUUUGAUUUUUGAUCAUUUAUAUUAUUUUAUUAAUGAAAUCUCCAAGUGUUUAUUUAGAUAAUUAUUUAAUAAAUGCUGAAAUAUAUUUAUGCAUUUGUUGACUUCAGGUUCAUUUAUGAACAUCUCCCAAUUUUUUUUUUUUUUUAAAUGUAUACAAAAGUUUAGUAUCUAAAUAAUUCAAUUUAUUUGUAGAUUUUUUUUACUUAUUUUCAAUACUGUCUUGAUCUAUUAACAAUACACUAUAGUAAUUAGUGAUUUGAGAUUGAAGGAUUAUGUGGAUCAGAUAUUUAAGAUACCUACAUUCUAUAAAUAUAUAUAUAUUAUCAAUACAAGAACUACUCUAAUAUGAUCCUUUGUACAAUUAAAGAUAACCUAUUUGUGCCAUUAAACUUAAAUUAUCUAGUUUUAAAUUAUCUUUAAUAUCUUGUCUUUUUAUUCAGCUAGCUUAUACCACUCUACAAGAGUAUUUGCUGCCAUUCCUCUCAAUACUGAAUUACAUUUCUCCGCUUGUUUACUCUAUUCCUUCUUGAUCCUGCUCUACCACAUCCCCAUUCACAUUUUACUGCUUUCCUGUUGAUUUCCAGGAUAUUGCUGUUUUAGCUACGCAAUUGUUGUUUCCAUGCAUUAGGAUACUGUUUGAUACAUUUCCUCCAUGAAUAUUUUGGUCAAUGUUAUUAAUUCCUUGAGUAUUCUUAAUUCAGUCAUUAUGUUAUAUUAUUGACUACCUGUAUGUAUGCUAUCAUAAGCUAUUCUAAAACAAAUAUUUACCAAAGGUUUUGACUAAAUUUAUAUUUUUUUUCUGUAAUUUGACAUAAUAUACAUCUGUUCUAUGGUUGAUCUUUUUUUUCUAAAAUCCCAUUAAUAAUCACCCAAUUUUUUUUUUAUAGUUAGUUAAUUUAACCUUAUUUUUUAGAACACUUUGUAUACUGAAUUCAAAAGCGAUAGUAUUCUUUAGUUCCUCAAAGGUUUACCAAUUUUACCAUUAGUCUGACUGUUAAAUAUUGCACUUUUUUAUUUAGAUUUGAUGGUAUUUUUAUAUUUAAAAGUUCUGUGAAAUACUCUAAGUACAAAUUCAGAACUAUCUAAUUUGUUAAUUAAAACUAAAUAUUUAUAAAAGAAAAAUUUAAAACCCCUUAUAAUUUAUUAAAAGGAAAUUUAAAGCAUUAAUAUCUGUUAAAUUAUUAUUUGCAUUACUGAACUUAUCACUGAAUAAAAUUAUAUUGUAUCAUAUGAUCUAGAAUAUUAUGUAUAGUUAAUUUUAUAAUAUUAUAUCAAUUUUUGUUACAAAUUCUAUAGACUGGGUUUAAUUUUUUUUUCACUAUAGGAUAGAUCUAUAUCAUUCAUCCAUAUAAACUUGAAACCCAAAUCUUGAGAUUUUUAAUUUUCCUAACAAUACUCUUUUGAACUUAGUUAGAUUUAAUGUAAACUCUUUUUAAUGGUUAUUUAUUAUGAAUAUGUUUUAUCCUUUUUGUUCAUUAUUAUAAACUUAUUUUUUUCAUUUGUAUCUGACAACCAAGCAAUUAUUUUUAUUUCAGUUUUAUGUUUUGUUAGUUUGUAUAGAUUUUUCACAUUACAUUCUAUAUUUAGUUUCCUGAUAUUUUUCAACUAAUGAUUUACAAUCUUCAGUCUAGCUCAUUGGAAUACAAAUUAUUUCAAUAGCUUUAUCAAAUGAAUUCUAUUUGUAGUCGUCAUUUUGGUUUUUAAUGAUUAUACGGUUUUUGUAAUUUUCCCAUUACGUUUUAAAAAGUUGAAUGUUGUGUUUAAAUUAUUUCUAUUCAUCAAAAAUUCUUCCUAACAUGGUAAAUUAAUUAAAUUUAUACAUAUUUUCUUUGUUCACUGUUUUUUUUUUUUUUUUGGUAGACCAUUUGUUUUAUUUCUUUUGUGUGUUUAUGGCAAUUUGUGAUAAUUGUUGUUCCUGAUAGCUGAUUAACUUACUUUUCUUUGUUAUGCAGGUUUCAAUUUUCGGUGCAAAAGUGACAUAUUUUAAAAAACCGGACUACUUUAAGUUGAAAACAUUUGAAGAAAAUAAUUUAUCAAAGGACAAAGAUCAAGAAUUCAAUGUAACAUUUGGAACUAAAAGAUCAUCGCGUAUGUCAAAGGCAAAAAGCAAAGAGGCUGUUACUGCAACAGAAACCAUCUUUGACAAUAUUUCAUCUUGUAUGUAUAGAAUAAGUAUUGGUUAUAACUUUUUAUUCAAUAAAUUACUAUCAUGCCACCUUAUGUUUUAGUUGAAUCAUUGGAUAACUCCUAUUCUCCAUCCACUGAAUUUUUGUUGUACCUUCCAUUGGGAUGCAAUCGGUUUACUAAUAAAUUAGAAAAUGCUUAUCCCAUUUCAACUCUAUUGCAUGAAGAGGAAAUAAGUUCAAUGAAGAAUUACGCACAAGAAGUAUUGAGUAUGAUACCAGUUUCGGUGGACAAUGAAGAGUGAGUUUAAAAUUAUAUUACAGUGGCCAGUGAUAAUGGAAUUUUUUUUCGGGAAAGGCUAUACCAUUUUAAACCAAUAUCUGCUAUUCUCAUAUACUAACAUAGAAACCCAUACCUGCUUUUUGAUAUUGAAAAUCACAAGUUGCUAUUGAAAUUAUUCGCAGUUCAGUUGAACUAAUCAGUUGAAAACCAGAUCUUUUACAUAUUCCAAGAACAUUUUCUCUAAGAGUAUCAGUUAAAAUAGAAGUUUUAGAAUAAAUCAAUACUACCCUAAUUUUAAUCAAGUCUGUUUACCAUAUGUCCAUUUUAUAAGGCCUGUUUAUAAUGAUGAAUUAAUUUUGAUGAACAUACCUAUGAAAUAAUUAACUUAAAAUUAUAAUUAUUGUUCACACCAACUAAUUUGUUUGUAUUGUUUGGGACAUACAAUACAAAUAAUAAUAAUUUAUGUUUGUUAUAUUAAAACAUUUAACAGUUCAAUUUAAUAUUUAUCAAUAAGCUACUAUAGCUAAUGUAUGUAAGAAAAGGAUGGGAGAACUUAUUCUUAGAUCUAUUAAGAAACAAUGAAUAUUUUGCAAAGUACUGCAAAACACUUGGUCAUAAUUUGGUUUUAUGGAGUACAGUUAACUUCUAUGAUAAGAGUAUAUUAUUCUCUACCUAAAAAUUAUCAAACACUCUGUGUUAUUUGUGUAAACAUUUGAAUAAUGACUUUUUUUUUUUAACUACAUUUUAACUUGUGUAUUUUAUUUACAGUUUAAGCCAGUUCUAUAUUGCAAGUAUCAACAGACUAUCUCAUAAGUCUAUUCAAAAUAUUUGCCUCCUGAUGUUUGCUGAUGGAUUAAUUGAAUUGUUGAAAUUAAGAUCUGCUGAUUUGAACUAUGUUAGAAAUUUGGAUAUCUAUCCAAAUUGUGUAAUAAUAAAUGAUAAAGUAUUGGAUAACUUCAUAGAAUACACCAGCACUGGACCGUAAAAAUAUUUUAUACCAAAUUGGACAUUUCUAUUUGUAAACAUAAUUAAACAUAUAAAUAUUUUUUUAGGGACUUAACAUCUAAGAUGAAGGACAAAGCUUUAUGUCAUAUAAUUAUUAUUAUGAUUUUGUCCAAUAUGAAUGUCCUUGAUUUAAGUUGGAUAACACCAUUUAUUUCCAUGAACUGUCAAAAAAGGUAUUAAAAACAUUAUGAGAAAUAAUUAAUCAUUAAUGUUUUCAAAUAAUAUUUUUAAUUAAAACAUUUUGGAUCUAGAGUACUAUGUAGCCAUAUCUCAAAAAUGAAAUUAUAUUAUCAAUUUAAAAAAUUUUAAUAUUAACUUAAGAUUAUUUAACAUUAUUAUUAAAUUAAUAGAAUAAUCAUUUUACUAAAACAUAGUAUAUCCUGAAUUUCAAUGGUUGAAAGCAGGGUGAUAUUUGUAGAAAUGAUACUAUAGUGUAUCUAUAUUUUUUUUUUAGUGAUACUGGAGUGUACAAUUUUAUUUUGUUAGCUAAAUUACUUUGUUCAAUUUUGUGAUAUUUUUGCUUAAUUAAUAAUUAUGUUUCCCUUUUAGAAAGUCAUUUUUCAUUUUAUAAACAAAUUAUUAUACUCAAAUAUUCAAUAUAAACUUUCAGUUUAAGAAAGUUUUUAUGCUAAUAUUGUUUUUAUUAGGUAGACAGUGACAGUACUCCCAAAAAAAUUAAAAUAAAUAAGAGAAUAAAUUGCCAACUCACAGAUAUCAAUUUUAUUAAAAUUGUUAUUUAUGAGUUGUGAUUUCAUUGUAUUAGUAUUGUGAUUUAUUGGGUACAUAGUUAUUAAAAAAAUAUUGAUUUUAAACUAAUAAAAAUGUAAAUUAUUAUUUCAACAGGUUAAUUGUACUAAUGAGAAUUGUUGGAGCUUCACCAUUAAAAGAAGAUAAAUAUAAAUACACUUUGAAAAUACCUUUAGCUUCACUUCCACAGUUAAAUAAAAAACUUAAACAUUCCAAAAGACCACGUUAACAUUAAUAUAUAAUAUCUAUCUUAUAUUUGUUUGAAUACAUAUUUGUAUAAAGUUAUUCAUUUAAUAUCUAAGAAAAAUUAACCAAUUAAUAGCCAACUUUACGGUCCAACUUAAAAAGUUAUGUUAAGAAGGUCUUAAUUAAUAUCAACCAUACAAGUUCAGUUUCUGUUUAUAUGGUGUUGAUCAUACUGAAAUCAAGUAAAACCCUAAAUUUUUCAGAUUUUUAUUUUUAAAAAUCAUUAUAAUUAAGUUCAAACUGUAUAAGAAUCAUCAUUAUUUUUAGUAAAAAAUAUAUUCUAUACAGAAUGUCCCACAACAAUAUUGUAUAAAAAAAUCAGUAGAUAAUUGUGAGACAUCUUGUAUUAUAAAUGGCUAUUUUACUGGAUUUAUACUGAUUAAAGUUAAGAUAAAAAAUGUUUUAAUGAAUAAUCAAAAUAAAAUUGUAUUAAUAAGAUAUAGUUUAAUUCUUAAAAAUUGUUAUUAAAUAAUUGAUAAAAUUAAAGCAAUAACUCCUAACUUAUUUAAUUAUUUACUUAGUUAUGAAAUUGUAUAAAUAAAAAAUAUCAUUCAUUAAAAUAUUUUUAAUACUUCAACUUGUGGUUAGUCUUUGUUAUACUAUACGUAUUUACCUACUUAAAAAAUGUGAGGGGGUUUGACUUCUUUAACCCCUCCCCCCAACCCUGUAUUCCGGCUUGAUGGGAUUGCUGAUAAAAAGUAUUUAAUUACUGUAACUCAUCAAAAUUAUAUCCUACAAAAGCACUGUUAUUAUUGUAAUAUUAAUAAUAGAAUUACUCUAAAUAGUCAAGUUAUAUUCAUUAUUUAUUGACACAAAAUAAUCAAUUCAAUAAUCUAAAAUUAAUUUAUUUCAGUUUUUCCUUAAGUUUUUCUUU